UUGUUGACAAACAAGUCAAACUUGUUUGUUUGAAUCAAAGAUUGUGGCGUUUCUCCUGUUGUUUCACCAAAAACCGUUUCAAAUAACCUUUCCUGUGAUGCCUUUCCUUGGUUAGAGCCCUUCGUCGUGUGGUUCCUCGUCCUACACUUAGGUUAUGUUUGACCUUUUGCGAGCCCCCAUUGUAAGUAAUGAGCGACACAGAUGACACCGAUGAGCUUCUCUUAAUACCACCCGAUUUUUUCACUUCAAAUCCCGCCCUUAACCCUGAUAGCCUCGGUCCUUAUUACAGAGUUGUGGACGGUUUGAUAACCCAAGUGAAUCACUUGGAAAAUCGGCUGAGUUUCAUCGAAAGUUCGUCCGAGUUUAGUCUUAGUCUAAUUAGUGAUUCACCGGAAAUGUAUUCGCCUUCCCGGUUUCGCAAAUUUAUGGGUGAGGAUGGGGGCAAAACGACUUCGACCCAGAGUACCCCCCAGAAGCCGCGGACGAAAUUCACACUAAAUUCGUUGCCAAAUAGCCCCGAUAUCGAACAUUUGAAAAAGACAGCCUUGAACAAGGCAAAAAAAUCGGAAUGCAAUCCAAUGUUGGGUGAAAUUGAUAAUUUCUUGUCAAAUGUCAAGUUUAUUAAGCGUUUAAAUACAGUGAGGAACCUUGAAAGUGACUUUAAUUCCGUGGAUGGGGUUGCAAAAAAUCUAGAUAUGGGGCAAGUCAAUGAAAUGCUGAGAGAAAUUGAAUUACAAGAGAAAAAUGAGAAGCCCUGUGUUAAAGAGAAGGUGUGGCAAACUGGGGACAACGUGGGGGCUGUCCCUGACUACGGGUUAGGGAUGAGGAACAAUAUGUACACAGAGGGGAGAAAAACCUUCCCUGGUGGAGACUCAAUCACGGAAAGGAACGAAUCUGAGAGCUCAGAUUCGACACAAGCAACGGCUUUUGAAAAAUUCAAAUAUGAUUGCAAUUUAGGGUUAGUGAGUUUGUCCAAAUUGUGGAAUUCGAACGAUGUGAGGGACCUUCCGAGCAAAUUCCAGCAGAAAUUGCAAGAAGAAAGGCUACGAAGACAGAACUGCAGAUUGAAACGCAGACGCCGUUGCUGUUCAUACAUGAAACAUUGCGAACAAGCAAUCCAAGAAUUGCAAAAUCGCGUAUUAGAAUUGCAAGAACGCGUAGCUGUCGCGAUCCAAGUCGACGAAGCUAAAGAUAAAGCGAUUUUACGUUUUCAUGAAUCUUGGGAAAAAGCCGGGGUUAAAUUACAAGACAUAGAAAAACAGAAAGAAAAAUUAGAAGAGGAGGUUGAUAAAUUGAGGAGGAAAUUAAAUGAGGACAGUGAUGAAACGAAUCAGAAAAUCACCCAUUAUGAAAAAGAGGCUUCUCUGGCACUUAAUAUAGCCCACAGUACUCAAGAUAAAUUAGUAGUUUUAGAAAAACGCUGUCAGCAAUUGGAAAAUGAGCUAAAAACGGCUGAAAUAAAUUCGGAAGAAUUUCAGCAGAAGUAUUUACAAGAAAUGGAAAAGAACAAACAUUAUCCUGAAAUUUUAGCGUCGAAAGAUCUUGAACUUAAUGACUGUAAGUCGGUUUUAGCAGAGGCAAGAAAAGAAAUCACUCAAAGCAAAAAAGCUAUCGAAACGUGUCAAUCUGAACUUUCAUCAAUGAAAAACGAAAAUGAGUCUUUACAUUCUAAACUAAACACCGAAAAGGAAAAUAAUAAACGACUCACAGAACAAAAAAAUAAAUUAUUAGAGGAAAUCACUGCUCACAAAAGUAUCACGCGCGGUCUUCAGGACGAAUUAAGCAAAAGUCGGGAACAACUCGAGACUAACAAACUCGAGCUGAAAAAUUUCUACCAAGGCCAAGUGGAACUCGUGGUUCAGAGCAAACUCAAAGAGUUCCAAAAGCAGCUCGACGACGCCGAAAAAGCCCUAAAAGAGGAGCUUUCACGCAAGGAACUAUCAAUCGCCAAAACAGCAGCGUCUCACAUCCAACAAAUUUCCGAUAAACACAGUUUGGAGGUUAAACUCAUCGAGGAGAAACACCAAGAAGAAUGCCGGUUGUACCAACUCCAAAUCACGCAAUUGCGACAUGAAUUGGACGAAUCUAACCUCAAAAUUAAGCGACAACACGAGAAACACGUCCAUAUUGAACGACAACUUCAUAAAUUCAUGGAGAGUUUACGACAAGACCACGUGACAACGCUUGAUGAAAUGAAUUCGUUUCGGUCGAAAUCUUUGGAGGAGAUUUUGUCGUUCAAUAUGGCGGAGGAGGAGGAGAAAAUGGGGGAAACACCGGUUUCGAGUCGGCCGGAAAAGGGCACGAGACGCAAAGACGGGAUACAGGAAACGAUUCAGAUGUUGUUGGAUAGAAAAGGACAAGGCGAUGAGGGGUAUAAUGUAACCAAGGAGAAAAUGCGGGAUAUGAAAGGCAAACCACCCUGGAAGUGACUGAAAUGACUCUAUUUACGUGACUUUAUAUUCUAUUUAUUUAUUUUGUAAUAAAUUAUUGUUUUUUUAUUUUUAAUAAAUGAGUUUUAUCACCGAA